GUAAAUAGUAAAAAAUAUGGCGUGGAUUUGAUACAAUUCGCACACAACACAUCAAAUGCUAUUCACUGUUCCACGAAAGUCGAUGAUGUUAUUCGAUAUCUGUCAUUGCAUGAUAACAAGUACAUCAGAUAUUUUCCUGGACAUCAAAAAAAGGUAGUGACACUGUGUAUGUCUCCAUUAGAUGAUAUGUUUCUCUCUGGUUCUUUGGAUAAAACAAUUCGCUUAUGGGAUCUGCGAAUACAAAGUUGUCAGGGUUUGAUGCAUGUGCCUUCAAGACCUGUUGCCGCUUUUGACCCGGAAGGUUUGAUAUUUGCAGCAGGAAUAAAUUUUGACACAAUCAAAUUGUAUGACUUGCGGUCAUUUGAUAAGGGGCCAUUUACGACGUUUAAGGUGGAAAAUGAGGCAAAAGAAGACUGGACUGGUCUGAAGUUUUCUCCUGAUGGUAAAAUGAUUAUGAUCACGACGAAUGGGUCUUCUGUUACUCUUAUUGAUUCCUUUAAAGGAACACUGGUCCACGUUUUAAGAGGUCACGAAAAUAGUAAAGGUAUUGAACUGGAUGCAACAUUUUGCGCUGACGCGCAGUAUGUAUUCAGUGGUUCUACAGAUAGCAGUAUAGUAGCGUGGUCUGUAACAACUGGACAAAGAGUUGCAAAGCUUGCAUCGGGACAUUCUCCACUUAUCCAUAAAAUAUUAUUCAAUCCACGGUUCUUCAUGCUAGCUACGGCUUGUACAACAUUAAAUUUGUGGUUACCAACAGAGGAAGAAUAA